UUAAGUAAUUGCACUUAAAAAAAAAUUUCCAGUGGGCUUCACUAUUAAAUCCCUUUCUUUCUCCUCCAGAGUCAGUCUGGAUAUGAUGUCAGUUCAAGCAAAUACUGGUCCACCAUGGGAAGACAAGAACACCACAGCGUUCUGGAGAGGACGUGACAGCCGCAAAGAGAGGCUUGAACUUGUAAAACUCAGCAGAAAAUACCCAGAGAUCAUAGAUGCUGCUUUUACAAACUUCUUUUUUUUCAAACAUGAUGAAAGCCUCUAUGGCCCCAUUGUUAAGCACAUUUCAUUUUUUGAUUUUUUUAAGUAUAAAUAUCAAAUUAAUAUUGAUGGCACAGUGGCAGCCUAUAGAUUGCCUUAUCUACUAGCAGGAAACAGUGUGGUGCUAAAGCAAGACUCCAUCUACUAUGAGCAUUUUUAUAACGAGCUGCAGCCAUGGAAACAUUAUAUUCCGUUUAAAAGUGACCUGAGUGAUCUGCUAGAAAAACUACAGUGGGCCAAAGAGCAUGAUGAAGAG